UCUAAUAGUUAUGUUACUUAAUUAGGUUUUACAGAUUUUAUAAGAACUUAAAGGUUGUUUACUGUUUUUUAAGGUUUGAGUUUGAUUCUGAUUCUCUAAGAUUAACGUUGAUUAUUGAUUAUUGAAAUCUUUAUUUAGUAAUUUUAAGGGUUUGGGUUUUCUGCUUUCCUUGGAAUUGUACAGUUGUGUGCAGCUUCUGCUAUACUAAUAUUUGGAUGACAUUGAAACUUGUUUAUGUAUGUUUGUCAAAAUUGUUGCUGAAUUGUUAAUGGUGAUGCUUACUUACAGAUUGCAAUAUCUACUCCUUAAUUUGUAAAUGAGGAAGAGCUGCUUUGAAAACAUGCUUCAAAUUCAAACCCCAACUUGAUCAAAAGCAGCAGCAGCAGCAGGUCCAUUUCUAUCUCCAUGUGUUUGUGGGUUUUAGGUUGGUAGUCAUCAGUACUGCAGGGGAAGUUGGGGAACCACUAAUUUUUUUCAUCGGUGGUACUGGAUGUUGCAUCUGCAUUUUUCCAGGUUUUCACACAUCAGAUGGAAGACAACAAGCUUGCAAAAAGUUGGGGAUAUUGCAACUCCGAAGCGACAAGGUAGCCCCAGACAGAAUUAGACUUCUCAAUCUCAAAAUCCCUCGAUUCCGAUUCCGAUUUGUGAGGGUGUUUUAGUUUUGGAGUCUAAAGAGCCUAAACGAAUCAAGCAGUAUCAACUCAGAGAUGGGUCUUUCAUCACGGACAUGUAUGAACCAGCAAAACAUAAAAGGGCCAGUUGCUAUUCUGUGGGACAUUGAGAAUUGUAGUGUUCCUAGUGAUGUUUGUCCCGAAGAUGUGGCUGGCAACAUUAGAACGGCUUUGAGAGUUCACCCCAUUAUUCAAGAUGCUGCAAUUACAUUGUUUUCUGCCUAUGGAGAUUUUAGUGCCUUUCCAAAGCGUCUUAGAGAAGGUUGUCAGAGAACUGGUGUAAAACUUGUAGAUGUCCCAAAUGGAAGGAAAGAUGCUGCAGACAAGGCCAUCCUAGUUGACAUGUUUCUCUUUGCACUUGACAACCCUCCACCAUCUACAAUCUUAUUAAUCACUGGGGAUAUCGAUUUCUCUCCUGCUUUGCACAUACUUGGCCAGCGCGGGUAUACUGUUAUUCUUGUUAUCCCUGCUUCAAUGGGUGUAUCAUCUGCCCUAACAAAAGCUGGGAGGUUCGUUUGGGAUUGGCCUAGUGUGGCUCGUGGAGACGGAUUUGUGCCUCCUAAAACUCAAAUAUCACGUGGCUUGUCCCAAGUUGCUGGAUAUGUCAGGGGGUUUCAAGUUAAUGGAAACCCGGACACCCAAAAUGAUGAAGAAACAAUUGUGGAUAGGGGAAUAGCAACACGCAAUGAGGAUGCAGCUCAAACAAAUAUCAACCAGCGGAACUCACAUAAUCGCCACUCAAGAUCAAGAAGUCCCCCAUCUGGUUUGAACGAUGUUCCAGGAAUGCCAGCAAAUGAAGAAGACCAUCCUGGGGACAUAAAUGGUCUUAAAGGUCAGUUGGUGAAAUUACUUGAGCUCUCAGGAGGUUGCCUACCCCUAGUUCGUGUUCCUGCAGAGUAUAGCAAAAAAUUUGGCCGGGACCUGCCAUUUUGUGUGGCUGAAUUUGGUGUGAGCAAACUUGUCAACCUUCUCAACAAGAUGGCCGAUAUAAUGACGGUAGAAGGGGAGGGAGACAAGAAGUAUGUUUAUCUCUCUAAUGCGGACGACAAACAUGAAAAGGUAGAAAACAGUAAUCAGUUAGCUGUUUUUCCAGAAACAGACGAGAGAGGUAAGGGAUGUGAAGAGAAGACUGUAGAUACUAAUGGAUGCACCACCAAAAGUGAUGAAGAAGCAAACUCCUACUCAGGGAACUCGCAAUCUGGUUUAAACGACAUUCCAACGAUGCCUGCAAAUGAAGAAGAGACAACAGUGUGGGUCCAGCUUCAACAUAGAGACAUAAAUAAUCUUAAAGGUCAGUUGGUGAAGUUACUUGAGCUCUCAGAAGGUUGCCUGCCCCUAGGGCGUGUUCCUGGAGAUUAUCACAAAAACUUUGGCCAGCAGUUGUGCAUGGCUGAAUAUGGUGUGAGCAAACUUAUCAACCUACUCAAGAAGAUGUCUGAUAUAAUGACGGUAGAAGGGGAGGGUGGCAAGAAGUAUGUCUAUCUUCGAAAAGCCAAUGACGGACACGAAAAGGUAGAAAACAGUAAUCAGUCGGCUGUUUUUCCAGAAAAAGACAAGAGUAAGGUAUGUGAGGAGGAGACUGUAGAUACUAGCGUAUGCACUACCCAAAAUGAUGAAGCAGACUCCUACUCAAGGAAUCCACAAUCUGGUUUAAGUGAUGUUCUGCCUGCAAACAAAGAAAAGGCCCCUGGGGACAUAAUUAGUCUUAAAGGUCAGUUGGUGAAGUUACUCGAGCUCUCAGGAGGUUGCCUAACCCUAUUUCGUAUUUGUGGAGAGUAUAACAAAAUCUUUGGCCAGCAGUUGUGCAUGGCUGAAUACGGCGAGAACAAACUUGUCAACCUUCUCAAGAAGAUGACUGAUACAAUGACGGUAGAAGGGGAAGGCCAAGAGAAGCAUGUCUACCUGCGUAAUGCCAAUGACAGACAUGAAAAGGUAGAUGAUAGUAAUCAAUUAGCUGUUUUUCCAAAAAUUGACGAGAGAAGUAAGGGAUGUCCGAGAGAGGCCGUAGACAUAAAAGUAUGCACUAUCCCAGAAUGCUCCUCUGACGAGUUCCCAGAUGAUAAUAAGAGAGUCAUGGUUGGACCAAAUGACAGUCUCAAACAGUUUAAACAAGAAAUACUGGAGCUUCUUGUUAGUUGUUCAUGUAAAAUUCACCUGGAUAGUUUCGAAGAAAUGUACGAACAACGUUACAAGAAGGAUUUAUAUCAUCAAAGCUUUAGUGUGAAUAAUCUAGAGGAGCUGAUUGAUAUGCUAUGGGACGAUGUUAAUUUUUAUGAAGAACAAGAAAACAAAAGAAAAUUUCUUGUCCCCAACUUUGCGAAGCUGCGUUUUCAAACAUUUUAAUGUCUGCCAGUAUCAGCUUUUCUGUAUUAUGUUACAAAGCUGAGCCUUGAAUUGUCCGCAGGAAAAAAUCAUUUUAGUUGCAUCUACAAAAUUUAGUCUAAAUUUUACUCAUUUCUCUAGCAUUGUUUGAUAAUUAAAAGAGUUCAACCCGAAUUGAACUCUUUUUAUUACCAAUCAGUUAGCUAAUAGCCAUGAUAUUAUAUGAA